AUGCGUGCACUCGACCUUCUGAUUUACUCGAGGCUCCUUCAUCUGGCCUCGGCGACCAAGCACACGGCCAAACCCGAGAUUGAGACUGUGACCACAGAUGUGCUUGUGGUUGGUGGCGGCUCUUCCGGAACCUACGGAGCCAUACAGGUGCACGAUGCGAACAAGACCGUGGCUGUCAUUGAGCGCGCAGGUAAACUGGGUGGACAUGCAGACUCGUACUAUGGGCCCAAUGGCAGCGUGUAUAACGUCGGCGUACAAAUAUUUUACGACAUUCCUGUCGUCAUCGACUACUUUGCUCGACACGGCGUGCCUCUCUUCACAGCGCCAACGAUCGACACGUCAGGUACCAUCAAUGCGGACUUCUCCCUUGGUGUAGCAGCUCCCGCAGCCAAUGUGAGCACCACAGAACUUGGAAUCGCCAUCCAGAGGUACGGCGAGUAUCUUGCAGCGAAUUUCUCCACCGUCUACCCUGGCUACUACCUGCCUGAUCCGGUGCCGGAGGACCUCUACAUGCCUUGGGGCGACUUCAUGUCAAAGCACGGCUUUGGUGGCAUUGCAAAUCUCAUCAACACAAUUAUCCAGCCUGCGGAGGCAUGGAAAGAACCUGCGUUGUUCCCACUCAAGCUGCUCAGUUUGGACCCUCUGAGAGGCAUCACGACGGGGUUCAAAGUCACGCGAGAUGUCAACGACCUCUAUCGCUCGGCGGCCUCGAUUCUCGGUAACAGCGUGUAUUACAACUCGAGCGUCAUUACGCUGUGCCGCUCAAAAUCCGGAGUUGAGGCCAUCGUGCGGACACCCACAGGACUCAAACGCUUCGUGGCCAAGAAGCUUCUGAUGGCGACUCCGCCAGUGUCCGCCAAUUUCCUAGGUUGGGACUUGAGUAAUGAGGAGACCGAGCUUUUCGACAAAUUCACAACGCAACAGUAUUACGCCGGCGUCAUCCGCCACUCGGGUCUGCCGCAAGUGACCGUGCAAAAUGUGGGCUUCACAACCCCUUUCAACAUCCCAGUACUUCCGGCGCUGUUCAACGUGGUACCCACUGGCUUCCAAGACAACACGUUUGUGAUUUACUACACUGCACACGAACGUGUCGAGCCUGAUGCGGUCAAGGCUGACACUGUCGCCACUCUCGAGAGAUUGGCUGCCGGGGGCGUUAUUGGCGAAUCGGAGACCGAGUUCCUAGAGCUUUUCGACCAUCCAAACAUCCGCAUGUACGUCUCGGCGGAGGACGUUCGCGACGGAUUCUACUCGAGGCUGUACGGGCUUCAGGGGCAGCAGAAUACCUACUGGACUGGUGCUGCAUGGGUAACUCAGGCUUCUUCGCCAAUUUGGGACUUCACAAAGAGUGUCGUUUCCGAAUUGCUCGCUGAGCUGUAA